GUAGUAAGAGGACCUACUGUCAGACUGAUGGAGCUUCCAUGAUUGGUCCCGUAGUAAGAGACAAGGUUAUUCAGGAAAAUAGUACAUAGUGCUGCCUGAAACAUACUGCAACCUUGUACUAAAUGGUUUUUGAGUCAUUUAUGCAUUUAUGUGAAUUUAAGAAAUCUACUAUAGAUUAAGUGCUCUUAUGUUGUGCAAUUUAAAAUGUGUACUUUGUGUCUAAUGUGAAUGAAUGUUUUGUCAAGGAUUAGCUACCUGAUCUACUGAAAUUAGAUAAUUGAAUAAGAAAAAAGAGAAAAUAUUUUUACAGAAUAAAGUGCCAGAACUGUCAAGAAAAUAACUUUUGUGUCUGUUUGUCUUUAUUACUACAGGCCGACUCAGAUUAAGUCUGAGGCCGGUAACAUCAACAGUGAGCACAAACCCAUCCUGCCACUUUCCUUCCACACUUAGUAGAAACCUACAGUCACUGGGUCCUGAUUGUGACGGUGGAGCCCAGUUUGCACUGCAGGAUCCAGAGAUGGCAUCAGUGAAGCUGGAAGACUGCAGUCAAACACUGGAGCUGAAUGUCAACAUUAAAGAUGAAGAAGAGGAGGAGGAGAUUAGGACAACUGUUAGUCAUGGAUACCAUGUUGAGACAUUCUCUACAUCCAGUGAGCAUCCGCAGGAAGAUCAGAGAGCUAAGAGGUCUCACCACUGCCCACAUUGUGGGAAGAUUUUCCCAUUUCUAUCAAAUCUAAAAAUACACCUAAGAAAACACACAGGAGAGAAGCCUUACUCCUGCCCUGACUGUGGAACUAGUUUCUCUCAACUUGCCCACUUAAAAUCACAUGAACGUAUACAUACAGAGGAGAAGCCUUACGUCUGCUCUGACUGUGGAAAAUGUUUUAAAAUAUCAACUCAGCUCAAAGUUCAUCAGAGAACACACACAGGAGAGAAGCCUUAUUACUGCUCUGACUGUGGAAAAGGUUUUAAAACAUCAAAUGUGCUAAAAGUUCAUCGGAGAACACACACAGGAGAGAAGCCUUUCUUCUGCUCUGACUGUGGGGCGAGUUUCUCUCAUCUGGGCACCUUAAAAAUACACCAACUUAUACACACCGGAGAGAAGCCUUACGUCUGCUCUGACUGUGGAACUAGUUUCUCUCAUCUGGGCACCUUAAAAACACACCAACUUAUACACACCGGAGAGAAGCCUUACUCCUGCUCUGACUGUGGAAAAUGCUACAAAACAUCAGCUGAGCUAAAAGUUCAUCAGAGAACACACACAGGAGAGAAGCCGUAUUACUGCUCUGACUGUGGAACUAGUUUCUCGAAAUUUUCCCACUUAAAAACACAUGAACGAAUACAUACAGGAGAGAAGCCUUACGUCUGCUCUGACUGUGGGGCGAGUUUCUCUCAUCUGGGCACCUUAAAAACACACCAACGUAUACACACAGGAGAGAAGCCUUACAUCUGCUCUGAUUGUGGAACUAGUUUCUCUCAACUUUCCCAUUUAAAAACACAUGAACGUAUACACACAGGAGAGAAGCCUUACGUCUGCUCUGACUGGAAAAUGCUUCACAACAUCAACUCAUCUAAAAGUUCAUCAGAGAACACACACAGGAGAGAAGCCUUAUUACUGCUCUAAAUGUGGAAAACGUUUUAAAACAUCAAAUGAGCUAAAAGUUCAUCAGAGAACACACACAGGAGAGAAGCCUUAUUACUGCUCUGACUGUGGAAAAUGUUUUAAAACAUCAAAUGAGCUAAAAGUUCAUCAGAGAACACACACAGGAGAGAAGCCUUAUUACUGCUCUGACUGUGGAAAACGUUUUAAAACAUCAAAUGAGCUAAAAGUUCAUCAGAGAACACACACAGGAGAGAAGCCUUAUUACUGCUCUGACUGUGGAAAACGUUUUAAAACAUCAAAUGAGCUAAAAGUUCAUCAGAGAACACACACAGGAGAGAAGCCUUAUUACUGCUUUGACUGUAGAAAACGUUUUAAAACAUCAACUCAGCUAGAAGUUCAUCAGAAGACUCACACAUGAGAGAAGCCUGCUGACAUCUCUGAUUAUUGGGUGAGUUUCUCUCACCAUAGCAACUUAACACACCAAUGUAUACACACAGGGGAGAAGCCUUACUCCUACUCUGUGGAGGGGUGGGAGUGUAAGUCAAACGUCUAGCCAAAGGCUGCGUGUUUGAAUCUCAUCAAGGAGGACUUAAGCAUUUUAGCUAAUUAGCAACUUUGCAAUUUUUACUUAUGUCAGCAUGUUAGCUUAGCAUGCAACUACUUAGCAUGUUAGCUAAUCUUUCCCCUAAAACAAAACUCUACCUUAAACCCCUCACCCCUAACCUAGCUAACGUUAGCAACAACACAUUGGAAUUCGUAACAUAUCAUACAUAUUACAAGUUCGUAACAUAUUGUAUGAAUAGCAAUGCGUAACAUAACAUAUGAAUUGUAAUUCUUAACAUCUGAUAUGUCCUACAAGUCGUAUUAUACUGAACAACAAUCUAAACACAACAAUUUCAAAGAUUUACAGUUUUUAAAAGGAAAUCAUUCAAUUGAAAUAAAUGAGGCCCUAAUCUAUGGAUUUUACAUGACUGGGCAGGGGCUCGGCCAUGGGUGGGACUUGGAAGGGCAUAGGCCCACUUGGGACCCAGGCCCAGCCAAUCAGCAUGAGUUUUUCCCCACAAAAGGUCUUUAUUCCAGACCGAAAUACUACUCAGCCCCCCUCAGACAGAAGGUCCAGGGCUGCCGUGGUUACAUGUGAUCUGCAGUUGUGAGGCCGGUUGGAUGUACUGCCAAAUUCUCUAAAAGGACUUUAGAGGUGACUUAUGGUAGAGAUGUAAAUAUUAAGUUCUCUGGCAACAGCUCUGGUGGACAUUCCUGCAGUCAUCAUGACAAUUGUACAUUCCCUAAACUUGAGACAUCUGUGACAUUGUGUUGUGUGGCCUUUUAUUGUCCCCCAGCACAAGGUGCACCUGUGUAAUGAUACUGCUGUUUUAUCAGCAUCUUGAUAUGCCACACCUGUCAGGUGGAUGGAUUAUCUUGACAAAGGCUGAAAUGCUCAUUAACAGGGAUAUAAACAAAGUUGUGCACAACAUUUGAGAGACAUUAGCUUUUUGUGCAUAUGGAACAUUGUUUGAUUUUUUUUAUUUCAGCUCAUGAAACCAACACUUUACAUGUUUAGUUUAUAUUGGUAGUCCAAUGUAAUGUAACCUAACAUACUAAAUGGAGUGGCAUGGAUGUGUUUUGUAUAAUAUAAUACGUUCUGCUCUGAGACCAGGUUGUCCCUCUGCAUUAUUCUGUGGGAAGGAGCUAGUAGACACUUUUUUUAUUUAUUGAACCUUUAUUUAACUAGGCAAGUCAGUUAAGAACAAAUUCUCAUUUACAAUGAUGGCCAAGCAACAGUGGGUUAAAGUACCUUGUUCAGAGGCAAAACAACAGAUUUUUACCUUGUCAGGUCAGGGAUUUGAUCUAGCAACCUUUUGGUUACUGGCCCAAUGCUCUAACCACUAGGCUACCUUCCACCCCUAACAUGUAUCAGAUAGAGAUGGUGUGAUGAUCAGUUUUCACCAUUAGUUUGGGGGGGAUUAUUUUACAACUUUAUUUAAUGAGACACAGUUUAUGAAAUUAAUACAUGUGCUUAUUAAUUGUCUUUAAAACUAGAUGAGUUAUUUUAGUUACUGAUCAUGAAUGUGUUUGGAUAACUGCAUUGAAGAAAACGUUAUUGAUCUGCCAAUGAAAAAUAAAGUUACAUGAUUAUGUACUGGUCAACCUCU